UUUUGCUGGUAUUCAAUCAUUUAUUUUGAUUAAAAUUCAUGAACUAUGGAUUCUCAGUUUAUUAAUGAUGGUAAAGAAUUUGGCUACACUGGAGAAGAAUUGCGCAAGUAUGUGUUUACACGUAAAGAAGAACAGAGACUUAUUGAGGAACGGGAGAGAGAGGAGAGGAAAACUGCAAAAGAAGUGCAACGGGAAAAAAGAGCACAUGAGCUGGUUAUUAAGAAGCAGGCGCUGAAAUUAGCCAAAUUCAAGGCAGCUGACGCUGAAACUGUCGCCAACCGUUCUGUGACUGCCACGAGCGAUUUUUAUCUCACGAUGGUGAUGAUGAUUUCCAUGAGGAAAAGCCCCAUAAAGUCCUUAAUCUACAACGACGGCAAUGACGUCUCGGUUAACCGGCAGACGUUUGAGAAGAUGCGAGAUAUUGACUGCUGUUCUCAUUCAGUGACCAUGUUUGCACAACAGAAUGGAUUUGCCAACUACAGGGGACCAACGUCAGAGGUUUUGCCGGAUACUAAGCAACAGCCCGACGAUGUGGACAGAAUCAAAUUUGGUCGCACCAAAGAGGUGGAGGGCCGCCCAGUCAACAUCAGCACCCUAACGCUGGCAGACGACGAGUUCUACAACAUGAACCACAAGCGCAGGGGCGACUGCAUCAUCUUUUCUCAUGACAAAUACGAUAGUAAGAUGCCGCUUGGACAGCGCGAGAACUCAUCCGCCGAUGCCAAGCUGUGCCAGAAGACUUUCCAAGAACUCGGUUUUGAGGUACAAAUUCACAAGAACCAGAAGAAAAAAGAUCUUCUCGAUAUCCUACAGAAAGAGAGCGAGCGCGACCACAGCGACUGCGAUGCGUUGGUCAUCGUCUUCAUGAGCCACGGCGGAAACGAUGAGGGCUUGGAAUAUUUGUGCGCCUACGACGACAAGUUCCGCACCACCAAGUUGUGGGAGCCGUUCACGGGGGACAAGUGCCCCACGCUGGCGGGGAAACCAAAGCUUUUCUUCAUACAGGCUUGUCGCGGCGACAAGAUAGACAAGGGCGUCGGGCUUCGCGUGACCACCGACAGCAUCGCGUUCACGGCGGAAGAAUACGUAGUGCCUGCGCACGCCGACCUCCUCGUCAUGUGGGGGUCCUUCGAAGGUUUGUUUUCGUUCCGCUCGUCCAGAGGAGGCAUAAACGGCAGCGUCUUCCUCCACCACCUGAGCCUCGCCCUGAAGGAGGAGGGCACCUCGACUCCCCUCAUGGACAUCCUCAUCAAGGUGAUACGGCGAGUUGCGCUCGACUUCGAAUCGAAGGUUGGGGCAGGCCACGCCCUGGACUGCAACAAGCAGGUGCCCCACAUCUCCUGCACGCUCACCAGGAAGCUGCUAUUCACUAAACCAAGCAAGCUGCAAUCAUAAGAGCUUCUCAACCCUGAAGUCUCAGCUGGAUUAUGUUUUAACUAGUGCCAAGCUGGUUUCUAAUAAUGUGUAUAGCAUCAAAUUAGAUCCUUGUGGGCAGCAUACAGGGUCCGCCAUAUUUAUGGCAACGCAUG